AUGCCUAACCCCGAACUGCCUCCCUCAGCAGAUAUCCCAUCAGCACUCCCACCUUUAUUUGAUGCACUAUGCUCUCUGGAUCUGAACAAUCCCACCCCCUGGAUAGCCUCACUCGGUGAAAACAACUACAUGAAGAUUGUGAAGGAUAUCACAUUGUUUAUCAUAAGAGCUUUUGAGCUCUAUGGAGCUCCUGUUGCAAAAGCACAAGAUGUUCUCGCUUACCGUAGUUCCACAGAGGUCUCAUUAGAUUUCAAGAACAAGCAUGGCAAAACUUUAGUAGAUCAGAUUGGCAUCGCUGGUGCUAGUUGGACAUCAAAAAUUCAAAACUACUUGGAGAUCGUCAACAAGAUCUUUGGACUGGUGAAUGGAUCUAUGCCUGGCUGGGCACAGAGGAGGAUCACACAGGUAAGGGCAUCAAUAUUUGCCUUUGGCAAUGUCUCUUCGGAUCCUACUCCUGAGGAUGGCCCUACGGGCCCCAAUACGACUAAUGACAUUAUUUUUCUCCAAGUUCCUCCUCUCUAUGCUACAUCUGCCCCACAGCCCACAACCUCAGCCCCAUUGAUUGCAGUCAACCCACUCUUGAUCGAAUCGCUCAGCUUUGAGGACAUUCUGAAAAAUCAUCACUUCAGCGCCACAGUUCAAAAAUAUCAAAUUGCGGCUGAUCAGUUCCUUGAGAGUCAAGCUUACCAGAACAAGCUCGCCGGGCAGAUUGAGGGGCUACUUGCUAAAGAACACAUCCACAUCCACCAGCAACAUGAGUCGGAGGAAAAAAUCCGGAAGUAUAAAGAUGAAGUACAAGAAUUGACUAAGCAAAACAUUAAUUUACGACAAGAAAACCACCACCUACUACAAGAAGUUUCACACCUGCAAACUGCCCUGGGUCAUCAAACAAAUUCUGUCCCAGCCCCCCAGCCCUGCCCUGAUCAAUACCCAUUUGAGAUUCUAUGGGAAUUUGAUGACUGCAAAAAGGACGAGGAUGCUGGACUAACAGCUCAGAACCCCGCUCAACCUGCAAUAGAAUGUGCUGUCCGACAUGCUGAUGGCACCAUGAUCUCCAGCGAGGAAUGGACCGCCAUCAAAGCUACCACCCGCGUCACUCAAAACAAGCUCGAGCAGUUGCCCCUGCCAAAGUGUCGAUCCCAGAAAUGGUCGCGGAAUUACUAUCAAUCUGUGUACCCGGCUCAGUGGGCAGCUAUCAUCCAAGAGAUGGAGCAGCAGCAGCCGCUGCUAACUCUAUGCUUCUCCCCCGGCCCCCCUUCCUCCCUUGUGCUCAAAUUUAUUGAGCGCAUCGAGUGUGCUGACCCCAAUUCCCCCAAAUUCAAUGAGGAUGACCAUGGUAAUUGCGAGACGGCAAGACAUCUAAUCGCUGCAACGAGGCACAUAUGUUUCCAGGAAAAGAUUUUGUCCUUGACCUUCCUUGCCGACAACUAUCUCAACAAUAUACUUGAACAAAUCUGGGCUGCCUGGAAGGCAGCUGGAGGACCGGUAUCUAAGGGAAAGGCUUCUUCAGCGGUCUCUAUGACAUCAGCCUCUGCGUCUUUCAUUUCAACAGCUACAGAUCCCCCCUCUUCUGUCUUGUCAGCAUUGGCUCUCACUUUCCUUGUCUUAGUGGCCACCUCUGUCUCAUCAAUGGAACAAUCCACAGUGGGUGGGUCAGAUUUGGCCGGCAAAGAUGAUCGUUGUGCAGGGUUACAAGUAAGUCUUGCAGAAGAGGAGCUGAUGGAAUGGAUCAAGGCUAGUGGGAAUGUCAUCACUAACCUGAAACAGCGGACAAAAAAAGAUCUGGUCACCAUUAUCCUGGCCUUACCCAUCAAGAAACAGCCCUCCGAGGUGGAAGUCGAGUCUAUUAUGUCCAAGGCAAGUGGCCCGCUAUAUCUCUUACUAAACUACUAA